GGCUCGGAUAGUCCAAUGCAAAAUCUUUCUCGCAAAUUCUCGACAGUCCCAAUUCACAAGCUUCUACCUUCACAGCUUCACCAGCACAGACCACAUCCGGCCGAAAUCUUCUCGGAGUUUCAGCAGAGGCGGAAGCUCUUGGAGCACAAGCUCGUCGCCGUUCUAGAUGGAUGCGCCGGCCUCCGCCAAGUCAAGGCGGUUCACGGUCACCUCCUCCUCCACGGCCUCGGCCAAUGCUGCUACGUUCUCACUAAGCUCAUCCGCACGCUCACGAAGCUCGACGUCCCCAUGGACACGUAUCCACUCCUAGUCUUCCGACAGGUCAAGUACCCAAACCCGUUUCUCUGGACGGCUAUGAUCCGUGGGUACAGUAUCCAAGGACCUGUUUCGGAAUCGCUGAAUUUUUAUACUUGUAUGAGGAAAUCGGGUGUUGGACCGGUGUCGUUUACGUUCUCCGCGCUUUUUAAGGCCUGUGGGGAUGUGCUUGAUGUGAAUUUGGGGCGGCAGAUUCAUGCCCACACGAUUUUAGUUGGUGGGUUCGUGGUGGAUUUGUAUGUGGGGAACACUAUGAUCGAUAUGUAUGUGAAAUGUGGGUUUUUGGAGUGUGGGCGCAAGGUGUUUGAUGAAAUGCCUGAGAGGGAUGUUGUUUCUUGGACUGAGCUGAUUGUUGCUUAUACCAAGGUUGGGGAUAUGGAAUCAGCCCGGGAGUUGUUUGAGGGGUUGCCUGCAAAAGAUAUGGUGGCGUGGACUGCAAUGGUUAACGGUUAUGCUCAGAAUGCCCAUCCGAGAGAGGCUUUGGAUUGCUUUGAGAGAAUGCAGUGUGCUAGUGUAGGAACUGAUGAGAUUACGUUGGUUGGUCUCAUUUCGGCUUGUGCACAAUUAGGUGCGUCUAAAUAUGCUAAUUGGGUUCGGGACAUUGCUGAGAAAUCCGGUUUUGGGCCUACUGAAAAUGUUCUUGUGGGUUCUGCAUUGAUAGAUAUGUACUCCAAGUGUGGAAGCUUGGAUAAUGCAUUCAAGGUUUUUCAGGGAAUGAAGGAAAGAAACGUAUUUUCUUAUAGCUCAAUGAUUUUGGGGUUUGCAAUGCACGGUCGUGCAAGUGCAGCGAUAGAAUUAUUUCAUGAGAUGUUGACGACGGAGAUAAGACCUAACAAGGUUACUUUUAUAGGGGUGCUGACAGCUUGCAGCCAUGCUGGUAUGGUUGAUCAAGGUCGGCAGUUAUUUGCAACCAUGGAGAAGUACUAUGAUGUUGUUCCAACAGCUGAUCAUUACACUUGCAUGGUAGACCUACUUGGUCGAGCUGGGCGCUUGGAAGAAGCUCUUGAGCUUGUUGAAACAAUGCCAAUAGAUGCCCAUGGAGGCGUGUGGGGAGCUCUACUCGGGGCAUGUCGUACCCAUGGGAAUCCCGACAUUGCUCAGAUUGCUGCUAACCAUCUUUUUGAGCUUGAACGUGAUAGUAUUGGAAACUAUGUAGUGCUCUCGAACAUUUAUGCAUCAGCAGGAAGGUGGGAUGAGGUUUCAAGAGUGAGGAAGUUGAUGAGGGAAAAGGGUCUGAAAAAGAAACCUGCAUAUAGUUGGGUUGAAACAAAGAAAGGCGUAAUUCACGAGUUCUGUGCAGGUGAAACAACCCAUCCAGAGUACACCGAGAUUAAGAAGACGUUGGAGGACCUUCUGGACAGAUUACUGGCUAAUGGCUACCAGCCUAACCUGGAUUCUGCGGCUUAUGCUGUGGGAGAUGAUGAAAAGACGCGUAUAUUAAUGUCUCAUAGUGAAAAGCUAGCUUUAGCGUAUGCAUUACUCAGUACAGAUUCUGUUUCCACCAUUAAGAUUAUGAAGAACAUUAGGAUUUGUGAAGACUGUCAUUCGUUUAUGUGCGGUGCAUCCCAAGUUACGGGGAGGGAGAUUGUCGUGAGAGAUAACAUGAGAUUCCACCACUUCCACAACGGGACAUGCUCUUGCGGAAACUUUUGGUGAUUGAACCUGCAGAUGAAGAUUGUUGGAAGAAGAUUACAGAGCAAUGAUUGAUAAGGCGGAAGGCCAGGUUUCAAGCAAUAUGAUCAUUUAUGGAACACAAUUGGAAAUUAGUCUUGCUCCUUAGGCAAAUGUGACAGCCAAUGCAGUCGAAGUUCAACCAUCAUUUGGAUUUUGGAGCAAAGAUUUUGCUGGUCUGCUGCCGUGGUAUUGGAGGCUUUCACGACGUAACAGAGUUUUGAGAGAUAUAUUAGAAGUACAUGAAGCCUCGAAGACUUGCAGCUAUGACAAUUCAGAACCGUCGCUGGAGCCCUUGGCAUUUCAUUUCACAUACGAAGAAUAUUUGAGUAUCUCCACUCUAUUAUUUUAUGUUAAAAUUUUGUAUCAAUUCAGCCUUUCGGAAUAAGAGAGUUUGUAUGUACAAUUUUGAAACAUCAGCUGAACAAUCGUAUCAUGUAGCAUUGGAAAUUAUCUAUAUACUAAAGCUCAGCAGAAAACCACUGUUCAU